AUGGUCGAUCGCAUACGGCUAUGGCGACACGACGCGCUGAUGCAGCAUAUGUACGAGACCGCCGCGUUCUGGGGGGACAAGGUGCUCAGCUGGACGAAUGACCCAAACGACGCGUUCUGGCUUGCGCAGACAUACUUCAAUGCCAGGCAGUACUCACGCGCCGCGCGUCUGCUGACGCGACCAUUCCGGAUGGCACCCCCGCACCGACCCCCCUCCCCCCCACACCCCUCUGCCAAUGGCUUCCUCUUGUCCUGCAGAUACCUUGCGGGAAUGUGCCAUAUGCAGAUGGGACAUUGGUCCGAGGCGUUAGAAAUCAUCGGGGAGUCGAAUCCGUUCCAGAAGACCUCCAAUCGGGGGCCUGCGGUACCCAACAACGAUGGCGGCAUCAAAGUGGAGGCAUCGACAUGUUACUUGCGCGGUCUGCUCAUGCAGAAGUUGAACCGCGGAGACGAAGCGAAGGAGUCCUUCCUCGAGGCCUUGUCUCUUGACGUGAAGUGCUACGACGCCUUCCAGAAACUGGUAGACAGUCAAAUGAUGACCCCAGACGAAGAGUGGAACGUCAUCCAGUCUCUCGCCUACUCAUCCCAAACACCGCACGAUGCCCAGUUUGUCCAACUGAUGUACACCAGCCGCCUACGAAAGUAUAAGCACAAGGCCGAGCAUGCGCUCACCAGAAAAAAGCUUGUAGAGGAGUACGGCCUCGGCGACAACCCAGACGUCCUCCUCAGCUUCGCCGACGCGCUCUUCAGUGACUUCCGGUUUGCUGACUGCUAUGCCAUUACAUCCAGAGUCCUCGGCAUGAUCUCCAUCCAUAACCAGGCGCUGCCGAUGCAUUUGGCGUGCAUGUUCGAGCUGAAGCACCUCCACUCCAAGCUCUUCCUCCUCGCGCACGAGAUGGUCGACCGCGAGCCGGACAACGCGCUCAGCUGGUACGCCGUCGGCAUGUGGUACCUCUCGAAGGGCUCGUGGGGCCAGGCGCGCCAGUUCUUUGCCAAGUCCUCGCUGUUGGACCCGCGCUUUGCGCCGGCGUGGAUAUCGUUCGCGCACGCGUUCUCUUUUGAGGGCGAGCAUGACCAUGCGAUUACGGCGUAUUCGACGUGUACGAGGAUGUUCAAUGGCUCGCACCUACCGUACAUGUUCUUGGGCAUGGAACAUCUGGCACUCUGCAACUAUGGGCAAGCCAACGACGCGUUCCGGGCCUCGCGCUCCUUAUGCGACUCUGAUCCGUUGCUCCUCAACGAACUGGGUGUGCUGGCGUAUCAGCGGCAAAACUACAAAGAAGCCGCGGAGUACUUUGAGCAGGCUCUCUCGGUGGCGAACGUGACGCAGAGCUCGCACACAACCUGGCAGGCGACGUACAUCAACGUCGGGACGUGCUAUCGCAAGUUGCGGCGACUCCCCGAAGCCGUAAAAGCGUACGAGAAGGUGCUCGAGUCGGAUCCGCGGCACGCCGUCGCGUUGAGCUUCCUUGCGAUCUGCUACCACCUCAUGGGCGACUUGGACAGUGCGAUCUUGAAGUAUCAUGAGACCUUGAGCCUGGUGCACAACAACAACAUCCUUGACCUACUUAACCUGGCCCUCGAUGCGGCGACGGUGGUCGAUCAGCCGAGGCUUGGAGAUGCGGAGUGGAGGCAAAGGGUGGCUGAAUGGAAGGCGGCGACUGGCCAAAUUCAGCCUCAGGAUGAUUCAACGGUGGAUGAGAUGAGUAUAGGGUAG